CACAUUCAAGCCUGCCUUACUCCCUCAAGCCUACACUCUAGCCUGCCCUAUACUACCAUUUCCUAAAUUUACCCUACCUCAAGUAUGCAUCAAGCCGUCGCCUUAUUGGUUGCGAUCUUUGCGAUCAUUAGUGUGGUCAUUGCAGAACCCUUGCUUCCAAAUGGCUACUACCGUAUUUACAAGGGAAACCACCGCGUGCCCUCCAAGAACCGUUAUUUCACUGCUUAUCCAGAUGACAGGACUGGCUCUGUGAAGAUUGAGCUCAAAACUGAAGAUGAACUUCAAGUAUGGCGACUCCGCAAUCAUGACAACGGCAAAGUGUCCCUUGAAGUCUACGAUGAAGAUGCAGAUGAGAGCAAAUACCUUUCGGAAGGAAGAUCUGGAGCCCUUCCAGGAGCACAUCUUGGUGUUACUGAAAAGCGUCAAAAGUGGUUCAUCACCAAGGUUGGAAGAAGCUAUUACACUAGAUAUAUGCUCACUCACCCGAGAAAGUUCCAUAACCAGACACUUGUUGUCAGCGAGAGCAACUCUUAUGAGGAGGAUGUUACCAAGCCAAACUGGGUGUCUUUUAGGUGCGAAGGCCAAACUAACUACACUCUGGCCUGGAAGUUUGCGAGGGUCUACCCCGACGAAGAUGAAGACGCGAAGCACAAUGAGAACGGCGAAGACGACAAGUAAAUAGUCGAAGAUUCGAGCCAGGCCUUCAGUUAAGCUUCAAAUUCAUCUUUGAAAACAAUCCUUUUCCCAAUGCAGAUAUUUGUAG